CACCUGUCAGUUCGGUCGUGUGAUAUGCAGAAGGUGUGACUUUAGCGUGUCUUCGCCGAAAUUGAUGUAACAAACAGAAAUAGCCGCAUGGUGAUCGGAUCAUAAACUGUCGCGGUGGUUUGAAUGGAUCCUUCGAUUUCUUGGCUGCAGCCGGAGCAAGAGGGUCCUGCCAAACUUUUGUGGCUUCGAAUUUGGCAAACGCAGCAGGAGCUGGACAGCAUGAACCUGAAGGACGUCGACAGCGACACGGAGGCCUUCCCGAACGGCUACCCCAACCACAUCAUCAACGGCAAGACGGACAAGAGCGGCUCCUUCGCGCAGAGGAGACGGAAGGGCGACAAUCGCGCCAGCACCAAGAUGAUGAGCAGACACCCGCAGAAGGUGGUGGGCGAGUUCGGGGGCUGCCCGUGGCGAAGGGACAACUUCCUCUACAGCAAGGGCAUCAUAGGUCUGCAUCAGGAGAUCGAGCACUUCUACGAAUACAUGAACCACACCAGGACGGAGCACCUGAUGCGGAACGACGUCGUCUGCAGGAUCAAGCAGAUCAUCAUCUCGAGGUGGCCCGAGGCCCAGGUCGAGGUAUUCGGUUCGUACAGGACCGGACUCUACCUGCCGACGAGCGAUAUAGAUUUGGUCGUUAUAGGCAAGUGGUCCAACCUCCCCUUACGAACCCUCGAGCAGGAGUUCCUCGACAAGGGCGUCGCCCAGGAGAACAGCAUAAAGGUCCUCGACAAGGCGUCCGUGCCCAUCGUCAAGCUGACCGACAAGCAGACUGAGAUCAAAGUGGACAUUUCUUUUAAUAUGUCGAACGGUGUCAAGUCCGCCGAACUGAUACGGAGUUAUAUACAGAUGUAUCCAGUGUUGCCGAAGUUAGUUUACGUUUUAAAACAGUUCCUUUUAGAAAGAGACCUAAACGAAGUGUUUACCGGUGGCAUUUCGAGUUACAGUUUAAUAUUGAUGUGCAUUAGUUUCCUGCAGUUACACCCGCGCCCGGAUACCGGUAUGAAUUUAGGAGUUUUUCUAAUCGAGUUCUUCGAACUGUACGGUAGGAAGUUCAAUUACAUGCACACGGGAAUUCGGAUACGAGAAGGAGGGAGGUAUAUUAGCAAAGAGGAGAUGCAAAAGGACAUGAUCGACGGACAUAGACCUAGUUUGUUGUGUAUAGAAGACCCGCUCCUGCCGACGAACGAUAUCGGAAGGAGUAGUUACGGCGUAUUGCAGGUGAAACGGUCCUUCGAAUACGCCUACACAGUUCUAACAAAUGCCGUCCUCCCCUUAUCUUCCCACAGCGUUUGCCAAGAGCACUCGAUAUUAGGCAGGAUAAUAAGAGUGACCGACAAAGUGAUCCAGUACAGACGGUGGAUCGAGAAAACUUUUAGUUUGAAAUACUCACCGACUAUCCCGAGGCCGAGGCCUCCUCGUUCUUCCCGAUCUUUAUCGAGUAGCGGUUCAACGUCCAGCGUAGAGGAGAGCGGGGGCAGUUCAGAAGGGUCCGAUCCUCCGUCACGUGACAUAUCACCGAACAACAUGCACGUCCAGCGGCACAUACCACAGAAAAGUCACCAACAGUGGAGAAAUCGGAAAUACAAGAAUAGCCCUCACAAUAAUUAUAAUCAAUCAACCACAACAAAGCGUAAAAAACAAACCAAACAAUACUGACUUUUUAAUUUUUAUUGAGUAGGUUAAAAAGCAGCAGGUACGCAUGUGUAUAUGCCUAGUAUUCUGCAGUUGCAAUUGCAAGAUAACGUACAAAAAAAAAAUACAAAUAGUCACCAAAAACCAAAAAAAGUAUAAAACGAAUCGAUAAGGAAAAUGCAAUAAAAACCGGGACUUCACUUACAGUUUGUAAUAAUAUAGGAAGUAGUAUUGAAAUUUCUGUGUUAGUAGCGCCACCUUAUAUUACUAACGUUCAAUUGUUGCAGUCUGGAGAGAUACAUUAAAAAUUCUAUGUGUGGUAAACACUGUGUUAGUUUUAUUUGCAUUUACAGUUACAACUGGGAGUAUUUAUGGCAUAUGAUGGACUUAUAGACGAGAUCGAUUUAGUUCCCGCGACAAUUUUAUUUCCUUAUUUUACGGCAUCACGGAUGUUAAUUUUACCCUUACGUCUGUUUUUUAUGCAAUACGUUGUGGUGCAAUAUUCAACGGUUUUCCUUUUAUCUGAUAAUUUUAUUGCGAGCAUAUCGACCGUAUAUCAAUCACUUUUAACUUCCGGCGAUAUUUUUAGAGGAAAUACUCUUCAUUUACAAUUUCGUUUCGAAUGUGCGUGAUUCUGUACAUACGUGUAAAGGAAAUUGAAUUGUAAAAAUAUUGUGAUAUAAUAGAUUAAGUGACGUGGAUAAUAUUCAGAACUGUGGUGGAAAUAUUAGUGACACCUGACUUUUUAAUUUAACGCAUUGUACGUUUUUAGUUGGGGGCAGAAACUCGUCAAUUCGUCGUUUAGGUUCAUAGAAAUUCUUAGAUUUCCUCUUUAAUUGUAAGCAAAUCGAAACGUGGUGAUCAAGCGAAUGAAAUUCUUUUGUUCCUUUUGUACAUAUUAAUUUUGUGUUUAAUGCAAAAACGCGAUAUUUGGCCGUUUUAGGUCUAAAAACUGUACGGUUUUUUUGAACGAAUGAUGCUUUUGUUGGGUUUCUCUUAAAAGGAUACAAUUUUCGGAUAUUGAAAUUUGUUAAAUUUUGACAUUUUUAUGUGAAGUUGUUAAUAGCUAGGUUUAAGUAUUUAUAUUAGCGUAUAGUUUUAAGAGAAAGUUGUCGAUUUAUGUAAACUUAUUAAAAAUGUUUUCGAUUUUUAAUAGGAAUAGACUUAAGUCAGUUUAAGUACAAAAAGAAAAUGUAAAAAAAAGAUGUUCAUUACAAAAAAGCAAAAAAAAACUUUUGUUACAAUGUACGCGCCAAGAUUUUUGUAAGCAUAUAUUUAUUAAAUAACGGUUAAAAUAUAUUUUAUAUCUUGUGCGCA